GGUUCCCGGAGUGGAGGUCCGCGAGGCACCGCGGGGAACGCUGGCUGUGACACGAGCUCUGGGAGGGGGUCUGCGGCUGGCCCCUUGCUGGCGCUGUCUCCCAACCCAGACAGGUACUCGCCCUGGGAGUCUGAACCUUAGCUACUCCCUGUGCCCGACACGAUGUUCCCCUUCUACAGCUGCUGGAGGACUGGACUACUGCUGCUGCUACUCCUGGCCAUCAUGGUAAGAGAAUCGUGGCAGACAGAAGAAAAAACCUGCGACUUGGUAGGAGAAAAGGGUAGAGAGUCAGAGAGAGAAUUGGCUGUACUGAAGAUGAUGACACCACUGUUUAGCAAAAGCUUUGAGAGCACGGUGGUGGGCCAGGGCCCAGACACUUAUGUGUACAAAUUCAGGGUGUGCCGAGAAGCUAGCAACCACUCCUCCGGGGCUGGCCUGGUGCAAAUCAACAAAAGUAAUGGGAAGGAGACCGUGGUGGGGAGACUCAACGAGACUCACAUCUUCAAUGGAAGUAAUUGGAUCAUGCUGAUCUAUAAAGGGGGUGAUGAAUACGACAGCCACUGUGACAAGGAGCAGCGGCGUGCAGUGGUGAUGAUUUCCUGCAAUCGACACACCCUAGCGGACAAUUUUAACCCUGUGUUUGAGGAGCGCGGUAAAGUCCACGAAUGUUUCUACCUCUUUGAGAUGGAUAGUAGUGUGGCCUGUACCCCAGAAGUCUCCCACCUCGGUGUGGGUUCUAUCUUACUUGUUACGUUUGCAUCACUGGUUGCUGUCUAUAUCAUCGGGGGGUUCUUAUACCAGCGACUGGUGGUGGGAGCCAAGGGAAUGGAGCAGUUUCCCCACUUAGCCUUCUGGCAGGAUGUUGGCAACCUGGUAGCAGAUGGUUGUGACUUUGUGUGCCGCUCUAAACCCCGAAAUGUGCCUGCUACGUAUCGUGGUGUGGGGGAUGAUCAGCUGGGGGAGGAUUCAGAAGAAAGGGAUGACCAUUUACUACCAAUGUGAAUGCACUUUAUAUGUCCAGCUUCUUCAGUCUCCCAAACCAAAGUGUACUCAGCCAGAUUUCUUAAAAGCAGUCUCUACUCCAGCCUCUCAUCUCACCCUUACUGUUGCCCUUGCUUCCCAGUUUGCUUUUGGUUUGCAUCUUCUCACUAGUAGACAUGCCUUCCCUUUGUUCCCUAGUUUUGUUUUUCCCUCUAGAGAUACAGUUGUGAGAGAUAAUGUAAUAUGGCCUAAGACAAAGGCACUGUCUCUUGGUAUAGGAAGGUACAUGUAGGAGUUAUGAGCAAAAGCAUGUGGCAGACUUGCUGACCUUUUUAAACACAUUUUCACAAGUUUUUGAGACACUGGAAUUCUUUAAUUAAAAAAAAAGCAAAGAAAUAUUAUUUAUACAAGGUUUGAUUGCUUUCAUGCUCAGUCUCCAUGAGAAUCUGCAUGUAAUUUCUUACUGCUUGGAACUCCUUUGCAGUGAAUACUUGGUUGCAGUCCAAGUACAGCCAUUUGGUCUGAGCC